CUAACUUCAAACAAUGUAAUGGGUCAUAUCUAUAUUUUAUUAGUAUUAUUUAUUUCAUUCAAAUGUGUAACGAAAAAUUUAAAGUUAUAUGUAUACUUUUUUUUGUUAUAAACCACUUAGAGAAGGGCAAGUGUUUGAAAAUGUACUUAAAAUGGUGAAAUGGUACAUUCUCAAACUGCAUAUUAUUGAAACAUAAAGGCCUCCAAAUCUGACAAAAAAUCCUCUCUUUCUUCCUUCCAAAAACACUAACAUGUUUAUGCCCAUUACCUCACAGCCUGUACAGACUGCUUAAAACUUCAUACAAAGCCCACAUUUCUGGAUAAAUCCAACCAUAACCCAUGUGAGAUUCUUCCCUUUUAAUCAUUCCUCACAAGUCACAAUCCUUCUGCUCCUCAUCUUCCCCAGCAGAUUUCGAACACGAUUUUCCCUGUCGUCAUCAUGUGGGAUUCAGAGUCUGAAUCAGGUGCUGGAAGAGACUACGAUAAUGGAGUUCUUUCUUCAACCAAACAUGGCGUCCAGACUGAUCGCUUCGAACAAAGAGGCAAAUCUUGGUUCGUUGCAACUGAUGUUCCAAGUGAUUUACUGGUUCAGAUCGGUGAUUUUAGUUUCCAUUUGCAUAAGUAUCCGCUGCUUUCAAGAAGUGGGAAAAUGAAUAGACUGAUAUACGAUUCGAGAGAAGUUGAGUUGAGCAAGGUAUCCAUGGAUGAAAUCCCAGGUGGUGCAGAAGCCUUUGAGCUUGCAGCAAAAUUCUGCUACGGAAUCGCAGUUGAUCUGACUGCCACCAACAUCUCCGGCCUCCGAUGCGCCGCCGAAUACCUGGAAAUGACGGAGGAUUUGGAAGAAGGAAAUCUCAUAUUCAAAACCGAAGCUUUUCUUAGCUAUGUCGUGUUGUCAUCAUGGAGAGAUUCAAUUCUUGUUCUCAAAAGUUGCGAAAAGUUAUCUCCUUGGGCUGAGAAUCUUCAAAUCGUUAGAAGAUGCAGCGAAUCGAUUGCUUGGAAAGCCUGUGCGAAUCCGAAAGGUAUCCGGUGGCAAUACACCGGAAAACCCAUGAAAGUUUCAAGCCCGAGUUGGAACGAGAUGAAGGAUUCGAGUCCAAGUAGGAGCCCUGUUCCUCCUGAUUGGUGGUAUGAAGAUGUUUCGAUCCUCAGAAUCGACCACUUUGUUCGUGUAAUCACUGCGAUUAAAGUCAAAGGAAUGCGAUAUGAACUCGUCGGAGCUGCAAUAACUCACUACGCCACGAAAACGCUUCCGGGGUUAAUCAAAGAAGGGAGUACUGGUAGUUUAGGCGAAGAAGGAAGUAGCAGUGGUAGUGGUGGCAUGGUGGUUUCCGGCAACUGGAAAGGCGGACUACACAUGAUCGUUUCCGGGAAUAAAGACGAUCAAUUUUCAAUUACACAAACAAGAGACCAAAGAAUGAUAAUCGAGAGCCUUAUAAGCAUAAUCCCACCACAAAAAGACAGCGUCUCCUGCAGCUUCCUUCUCCGGCUGCUACGCAUGGCGAACUUGUUGAAGGUGGCUCCGGCGCUGGUUACAGAGCUUGAAAAACGAGUCGGGAUGCAAUUCGAACAGGCGACAUUAGCUGAUCUUUUAAUCCCUUGUUACAGCAAAACCGACACCAUGUACGAUGUUGAUCUCGUUCAAAGGCUUUUGGAACAUUUCUUGAUUCAAGAACAGAUGGAAACCGAAAGCCCCGGUCGUCAAUCAAUGUCGGAAAAGCACAUGUACGACGGGAUUCAACGGAGUAAUAACUCAAACGCGAAGAUGAGAGUCGCAAGGCUCGUCGACAGCUACCUCACCGAGGUGUCGCGCGAUAAAAACCUUUCAUUAACAAAGUUUCAGGUCCUCGCCGAGGCAUUACCGGAAUCUGCCCGGAGCUGCGACGAUGGGUUAUACAGAGCCAUUGAUUCAUAUCUCAAAGCUCACCCAACACUCUCUGAACACGAACGGAAAAGGUUAUGUCGAGUAAUGGAUUGCCAGAAGCUCUCCAUGGAUGCAUGCAUGCACGCUGCGCAAAACGAGCGGCUGCCGCUCCGGGUGGUGGUGCAGGUUCUGUUCUCCGAACAGGUGAAGAUCAGCAACGCGAUUGCGAGCAACUCAGUGAAAGAAACCGGCGAUCCUCACUACCAACCAUUAGUUCAGAACAGGAAAACGCUGUUGGAAGGAACACCGCAGUCGUUUCAGGAAGGGUGGGCUGCUGCUAAAAAGGACAUUAAUACGCUGAAAUUUGAGCUUGAAACUGUGAAGACGAAGUACUUAGAACUGCAACAUGAAAUGGAGAAUUUGCAGAGACAGUUUGAUAAGGGGACGAAGCCUAAACAACAAUCGGCAUGGACGAGUGGAUGGAAGAAGCUGAGCAAGAUUACGAAGAUGAAUACAAUGGAGAAUAACGAAGUUGGAGGACAGAAUAACGUAGCACAGGCUAGAAAGGCACCGAGAAGAUGGAGAAAUUCUAUUUCGUAA